UAUGCGCCUGCGCAGCUUCCAAAGGAGAGCGAUCGAGGUCGAACUGUAGUGUUGUGCGCUUUGGGGAAACGAGGAAAAUGCCAGGAGUGUACGAUAAAGACGCGUAUCCAGAGCCCCCUAAGCAAACACCGGUAUGGACCAAAAAAACAGCAUUGCCGGACCCAGGUUUAAUGGCUGCCGAGGUCCACAGGGUCGCCGUGGAUCUGCCUGUCACUAAAUUCAGAGAAUUUCUUGACUUUUUACGCAUUAAGAAUCGGCCUGUGUACUACCACCAGAGGUUUCGUCGUGUCCCUGACCUGACUGAGUGUGAGGAGGGCGAUUAUGUCUGCCAAUAUGAGGCAGAGAUGCAGUGGAAGAGGGACUAUAAAGUGGACCAGGAGAUUUUGAACGUGAUGCGAGAGCGUCUGAUGGGGUGUAAGAAGAGAGAGGGAGUCAAUUAUCUUGUGUUUUGUACCAAGGAAACACAACAGUUUGAUGAAGUGUUCAACAGCUACGUGUCACGCUAUGGAAACUUGGGAGCACAUGCCAGUGCAAGGAAAUGCCUGAUGAAGCAGAAAGAGCGAAUGAUUGAAGCCCAAGCCAAGAGCACUUAGUUGCAUUUCUGCCCUUGUAAUAAAUUGUAAAAUAAAUUAAAACCUACACUUUACAUUUGA